UGUUUUGUUUUGUCUGUGCAAAGGAGAGUGAGGCAUUUUCAAAGUUUAGUCACCUCAGAGUCUUUCUCUCUCUAACUUUCUCUCUCCUCUCCGACGAGAAAGUAGAAAAAUGCAGCAUUUCGUGGAUUUGCAAGAGAAUUCGGAGUUGGGUGAGGCGAAUUCAUGGCUUUCAGCGAAAGAGCAAUCCGGUGCGGCACCGAAUACCAAUUUGGAUCGCGUCCUCUUCAACGACCUCGUCGAGAUUGUCCCUCUAGUUCAGUCCCUCAUCGAUCGUAAAGCAAGCCGUUCAUUCACGCGGCGUGGUUCCAUGAUCUACACCAAGACGCCUACAAGAGAAACAUUGUCCAAAAGAGCAGCAGAUUCAAAAAGUAGGAAUGUUGCCCAAUCUAUUCCUGCCAAAAAGAAAAGGGACCAUGGAGAAAAAGAACAAGGAAAAAAUGGCAGCAAUGAUGCUGAUAGCUAUUCCGUGUUAUCUUCAAGAUCUUUGGCUUCAGAAAGGGACAGCGAGGAAAUGGGUAUGUUGAAGGAGCAAGUAGAGGAACUUCAGAGGAAAUUGUUGGAGAAAGAUGAACUUUUAAAGUCAGCAGAAAACUCAAGAGACCAGAUGAAUGCUUUUAAUGCAAAACUUGAUGAACUGAAACACCAGACUUCCGAAAAGGACACUUUACUGAAGUAUACUCAACAGCAGCUCUCUGAUGCUAAGAUUAAGCUUGCAGACAAGCAAGCUGCUCUUGAAAAGAUACAAUGGGAAGCAAUGACAUCCAACAAGAAAGUAGAUAAACUCCAAGAUGAGCUAGAUUCUAUGCAAGCAGAUAUUUCAUCAUUUACGUUAUUACUGGAAGGACUGACAAAAACUGACACUGCUAAAUACACCGAUGAUUAUGACAUCAAGCCUUAUGAUUUCACUCAACUGCCUAGUAUUGAUGAUUUGGAUGAGAUAGAAUUGCAGAAAAUGGAAGAAGCAAGAAAAGCUUAUAUGGCUGCUGUUAAUAUCACGAAAGAAAAACGAGACGAGGAAUCUAUUGCUGCUGCUGCCAAUGCUAGGUUACAUCUUCAGUCACUUGUUUUCAAAUCCAAAAAUUUUAACCUGUGAUGUCGCUAGUUUUAUUUAAUGUGCCUACACGUUAGGUCCCUUUAAUCAAAAUGGUAAAGCACUUAUCUUGUGUGUGAGAGAGAUUGAUUUGUUUACAACACUGUUAAUGAACAAAUAUAAAGUUAUGCCAUUGUAAGUGAUGAAGUACUAAACCAACAUGUUCAAUGAAGUGAAAAUGUGUUAUCGCCGGUCUAACUGCCUUCAGAAUUUUACCAGACCUGUGCAUCGUUUUUUUCAAAAGUAGAAGAGUUAAUCAUGACCUGAUGAGUUUUAGUUUCUCUUUGAAGUGGCAUUCAGUAAGUUUUCUUCUAGCAGCUGAUUCUGAUUGGCAGUGGUUAUAUACUAAAAUUGAUUUGUGGACCGCUUAUUUUUUUUACACCAGCAAACGGUUGCUGUUUUAGCUGACAAUUCCAAAGUGUUUAUGUGUAUGUAUGUAUAUUCUACUUGUACCCAAGUCGUCUUCUGAUUUCCUACUUCA